UUUCGAUACAACUGAAUUUCCCACCAAAAAGAUACUGCUCUCCUCUCUACUUCCGCUGCUUACCCCCAUCCCUACGCCUUUCUAGUUUCUGCUGAACCAAGAACCUCCCCAUCUUCACCCCUCAAAGAUUCUCGAAAAAAGGCUAGAUUUUUCCUUCUGGGGGGUUCCACCUGUGCUGCAGCGAUGGCGCAAUGGAUUACACUUCUUUUCUUGACGAUCGCCGCCGUCCUCAUUUCCAUUCCCCAGUCUCUCUCUCUACAGAGUACGUUCAUCUCCAAGAUCUCUCCGCCCCUCUCAUUAUACUUAUUUUCUUGAUUUCCAAUAAGCUUUUUUCACAUUUACGCAGAUCCCAGUUAUCUAAAUUUUGUGGUGAACGCGACGCAGUUGCCACCGGAAGAGUACUACGACUACAUUGUCGUCGGAGGCGGCACCGCCGGCUGCCCACUGGCCGCGACACUGUCGGAGAGGUUUAAAGUCCUCGUUCUUGAAAGAGGCGGGGUUCCCUACGGAAACCCAGAUUUGAUGACUCAAGAAGGGUAUCUCACAGCCCUCACAGAGGUCGACGCCUUUGAUUCCCCUGUCCAGGCCUUCACCUCCGAAGAAGGCGUCCCAAACGCCCGCGGCCGCGUUCUUGGGGGCAGCAGCACCAUAAACGCCGGAUUCUACAGCCGGGCAGAUGAAGGGUUCUAUCUCAGGUCAGGGAUCAACUGGGACAUGCGAUUGGUGAACCAAUCUUACGAAUGGGUGGAGAGGCUCAUCGUAUUUCGGCCGGAGCUCCGGACCUGGCAAAUGGCGGUGAGAGACGGGUUACUGGAAGCCGGAAUCGACCCCUACAAUGGCUUCAGCUUAGAACACGUUCUUGGCACCAAGAUAGGUGGGUCCACCUUCGACCCCACCGGAAGAAGACACAUCUCAGCCGACCUUCUUGCAUACGCCAAUCCUUCAAACAUCCGUGUGGCCGUCCACGCCACCGCAGAGAGGAUUCUGCUCAGAAAACGCACGGCAGCCGGAGUUGUUUUCCGGGACCGGAACGGCAGGUAUCACCACGCCAUGGUCAGGGGUAAAGGCGAAGUCUUGCUCUCAGCCGGAGCUCUGGGUACCCCUCAGAUCCUUCUACUGAGUGGAAUCGGCCCAAGACCAUACCUAUCUUCUUUGGGCAUUCCGGUCUCCUUCCACUCACCUUACGUAGGGCAGUUUCUGUUUGACAAUCCAAGAAAUGGAAUCUCCAUUGUCCCUCCUUUACCCCUAGGACACUCUCUGGUUCAGGUUGUGGGGAUAACAGAGUCAGGUGCUUACCUAGAAGCUGUUUCUAACGUCAUCCCUCUAUCUUCCCCUACCCCACACCCCUUCUUCACCGGAACUCCAUAUGCUCCUCCGGUUUACUACCGGACAGUGGCAACAAUCUUGGAGAAGGUAAUAGGGCCGUCAUCUGCCGGGUCACUGAGAUUGGCCUCAACUGAUGUUAGGAUGAACCCCUUGGUCAACUUUAAUUACUUCAAUGACAGGGGAGACCUUGAGAGGUGCGUGAAUGGGAGCAGGAUGAUAGGGGAGAUUUUGAGGACUAGUUCAAUGGAUGCUUUCAAGUUCACCCAGUGGUUCGGCGGUAGGGAUUUCGUGUACGUGGGGCCCGCUUUGCCCGAAGACCAGUCCAGUGAUGUUCUGAUGGAGGAGUUUUGCCGGCAGACUGUUAGUACUAUCUGGCAUUACCAUGGUGGCUGUGUUGUGGGGAAGGUUGUUGAUGGAGAUUUCAGGCUGGUUGGGAUUGAGUCUCUCCGGGUCGUCGACGGGUCAAUCUUCACUGUUUCACCCGGGACUAAUCCCCAAGCUACCCUUCUCAUGCUUGGGAGGUAUGUGGGUGAGAAGAUGCUAAGAGAAAGGUUUUGAUAGAAAGUGACCAGAUCAUUUUUGUGACUAUUAGAUUUGGUAGUGUUUUUUUGUGGCUUUUGAAUAUGGGCACUUCAGUAGAAAAGUUAAGGCAGGAAGAAGAGAGGGUAGUUGGUGUUUUGUUUGCUGAUACAUUGAUUAGAAGAGGAAAGUGAAGGCCUAAUUGGUCUGCUAUGGAACCAGUCUGCAGGAUCUUCAUUGUGUACAUAACCUGAGAGUUUCACUCCUUUCAAUGCGCAUUCCUUAUGUGUAUUUUAUGAAGAUUGUGCUUGCUAGUAAACUACUCAUUUACUCAUUGAAUUGAAGACCAAC